AUGGCAGCCGCCGAGACGAACGAUAUGGAUAACGCUUUUGACGACCAUCCUUCACUAUCUGCCUCCCUUGAGGACUUCGAGGAGCACCAGACUCGCUCUCCACUUUUCGAUCUACCUUCACAACAUUCCGGCUUCAAAUCAGAACCAGACGACUCGGAUAUAGAUGAAAGAUCGAGCAACGGAGCACCUUGGUCGCCACCAGGAUUUCGAAGACAUGCUCGGGGGGGAAGCAGAGGCGCAGGAUCAUGGUUCAGACACGAUCCAUACGGGACAGCUCAGCGCUUUGAGUUGAGGCCUUCGAUAAGUCCUUCGAGAUCGCGGCAGACGAGUCCAGAGUACGAAGAUGCAAGAGGUGGCGAUGAAGAUCUCACCAUCCCAGCGAACAUACCUCUCCCGGCCGGGACGGAUUCACCACUGAAGGAGAGGUCGCCCGAACCAAGAGCAGCCAAGGAUGAGUUUGCGCCUGCAUUUGCAGAGGAAGAACAGAAGGCUGUGAAUGAUACGAAUAAUUACAUUCGUUUUGCUGUGAGAGCAGAGGUACAACACCGCGAACCUUUCAUGGCGUUGUUCAAUUUCCUUCGAGAAAGGAUCGACUUGAUGACCAAAACAAAAUCCUCGACAAUGAUGACCAUAAUUCUAUCACUAUUCUCGAUAUCUAUAAUACGCAUGCUCUUCGUCCCUCCAAUACCUCCACCUGUUCCAGAUCUAGUCAAACUUUCCACCCUGGCCAAGUCCUUCGAGCCGCUGAUCUUCUACUCGGAAAACGGCUACACGCAAAUUACCGCUCUUCAAGAAACCAGCGUCGCAGUGUGGGACCUAGGGGAGUCCGUGCGAAGCGCAAACAUGACCUCGGCCCCCCUAAUCGUGCGCUCCCUGGACGAACUGUCCGAAAGCCUCAAAACCUUGGGGUUGGAACUAAACCGCUUCUUCGCCGACGUCGACUCGGACGUCGACAGCAUCCUCCUCGUGAUGGACUGGGCGAAACGGGAGCUCUCCGGCGUAGCCAACCCGCAAGGCCCCGCCAUCCCCUCCCUGAUCUUCGACAACAUCCACAACCUCCUCAACCGCGGCAGCCUGUUAGAGAACGGCGGCAAGCCCACCCUCUUCGGCCGGCUGAUCACCGAGAUCUUUGGCUCCAGCUCGCCGCAACGCACGCGCACCGCACUGACGCGCACCUUCCACGAAUUCCUGAACGUGCUGGAAGAAUCCAUCAACAGCGAACUCACGCACUCGACCGCGCUCGUGGUGCGCGAGUCGGACGCACAGGAGCGGCUGGAAAACGACCUCCUCUCGUCGCUGUGGACCAAGCUGGUGGGUCCCAACGCCGCCAUGCUGCGCAAGUACGACAAGAACCGGCAGCUGCUGGCCAACGUGCGCGCGCGCACCGUCAGCAACAAACACCUGAUCAUGGAGCACCACGGCCGCCUGCAGACGCUCAAGGUCAGCCUCGAGACGCUGCGCCGCAAGCUCGUCAGCCCGCUGGUGCGGCGCAACGAUAGUGUUAGUGUCGGCGUCGACUGCGUCAUGGUCAUCGAGGACCAGAUCCGCGGCCUCGAGGGCACCUAUCAUUACCUGCGCGAUGUCAGGGAGCGCCAGAAGGCCAAGCUGAUGGAGAUGGUGUAUGGAGCCGGGUCGAGGAGGAGUGGCAUCGUGGGCGUGGCUGGGGGCGGGGUGGGGGGGGGGGGUAUCGAGGCGCGGUAA